GCUACAUGACACAAAACUUACCCAUUUCCUCAAUAUCAACCAAAUCAACAUCCAACCCUCGUUGCUGCAUUAUAAAAUCAAUUCAAUACAAACCCCCAGAAAUAAUAUUAUAUAAUGGCCGACGACAGUACGAGUAUUUCAGCAGCGACAGACACUCCUAUCGCUCCAGUUGCCAUCUUCAAAAAAAGAGGCGCAAAGGGGAAAGCCAAUAUCCGAAAACGACCAGCGACACCGCCGCCUGCCGACAGCGACAGUGACGAUUACACAUCAUCCGAAGACGAAUCGGGACAACGGGUGAAGCGACGCAAGAAGAAUACCGCUGUAGUGACAGCUUCAUCCAAGGAUAACGUAACACGAACCGACCGAAAUCACGGCGCCACCGUCUUCGAAGCCGAUCGUAGCGUGCCUAUCACAAGCACGAAUGAUGCUACAAAACAGACAAAUUGGUUUGAUGAGGACACAAACCUGCUAGGAAAGACGCGACCUCUUCCCAAAUCCAAAGAUGAAGCAGCAACCCCUUCCAUACAACCAGAUGGGACCUACAAAGGUCUAGCCAACCAGACCAAAUUCAUACAGAAAAAUCCGAAUGCUCCCAAUCGGACGGUCGGGCCUAUCAAGGCUGCCACCAACAUCAGGACCAUCACAGUCACCGACUUCGCGCCUGAUGUAUGUAAAGAUUACAAGCAGACAGGCUUCUGUGGUUUCGGGGAUAACUGCAAGUUCCUGCAUGCUCGUGAGGACUACAAACAAGGCUGGCAGCUGGAUAAGGAGUGGGAAAACGUAAACAAGGGGAAGAAAAAUCUGGGCGGGAAGGUGAUGGCCAGCGCCAAUCGCGGCGCCAAUGCCGACGAAGGUGACGUUGACGCAGCCGAAGAAGCUUUGCUAGAGAAGAUACCGUUCGCCUGUAUCAUCUGCAAGGGGCCGUAUAAAGAGCCCAUUGUGACUAGAUGUCAACACUACUUUUGCUUGCCGUGCGCAUUACAGAGGUAUAGGAAAGAUCCGAGCUGUGCUGCCUGCGGCGCGGGUACGGGAGGUGUUUUCAAUACUGCGAAGACACUGGCUAAAUUAUUAGAGAAGAAAAAGGAGCGCCAAGCGAAGAAGCGACAGAAAGCCAUUGAAGCAGGGGAAGACGUAUCUGACGAGGAAGAGGCGCCGGAGAAAUGAUUAGUUAGAGUUCCAUGACAAGAUCAAUACAAGAUACCCUUGAAGUCACUCAAAGCUAAGAUAUUGGCAAGCUAAGGCCAUAGUAUCCAAAUAGUCAAGAUAUCUAACCUGAGGCUACUACCUCUGGUAAUAGAUAUUGCCUUCAAUGUUUAAGUGGCUGAGAACCUUGGCGCUUAGCUUGGAUACUAUACAGAUGAGCAAGUAGUGCCUCAAGUACCGCCCAUCCCUUACUUCGCAGCUCAGUACUAUAUGCUAGAUAUUGAUAUACCUCUUCAAACUAAGCUAAUGCUUG